AAAAAAAAAACAGAAGUUCAUCCAUUCUGGCAUGGUGUUUGAUCUUUUCUGACUUCUUUGAUUGAAUUUUUGAUUAUAAAACCCCCGGUUUUUCAAUUGUCUCACAGAACUAUUUGCUAUGUAUAAACAAUCUGGUUCGUACUUAACUUUAUUUGUUAUUUUUUAUUUUGUUUUUUUUUCUUCAAAGGUUUGCUGCUCCUGAAGUUACACAGAACGAAACACAGAACGAAACUAACGCAAGUUAACAAUCUAAAGUGAAAUUGAUCGACAACAGCGAAAUAUGGUGGAUUUAGCGGUAUCCGUUAGCCCAAUAACAACCAAUAUGACAGUGGGUGCAAAGGAUUAUAACGCCUCCUCUGUCAACGCUUUGGCAAAUCUACUGAAAUUGGAUAUCGUAGGUUUGUCUUUAGAGUAUUGUAAAAAAAUUGCUGAAGACGCGCUUAACAGUGAAGAAAAUGGGGAAAUAACGUACAACUUUUGCUGCAGCCAAAACUUCGCUAUACUUUACUAUUUUGAGAUCACCACCAACACGAAGGCGUAUAAUAAAGUCAAUGUCAUAUGGAAAGCAAUUGAAUCAUCGGUAGUGUUUACCGCUCAGAGACAAAUCUGUACAACCAAGACGAAGGUGACACGUUUCUUAGGAAUCGUACUUGAUGUAUCAAGAAGUCAACAUACGCAUUUGGAAAACAGGGGGCUGACAAGAGAAGAGAUCGGGAUUAUUCAAGCAGAACUAACAAAACAUGCCAAAGCUGCUGCCAACAUGAUCACUAUCAGUUGACUUCAAAUAUUUAAAACAUACCUUUUUUCCUGUCAUUUUAUGAAAAAAUUUUGUACUCAUUCAAUUAUUCUUUAAAUUUUUAAAUACUAUUUUGCUUUAUUUAAUUAGAAGGAUCGUCACCUCAUUUUGCUUAUAAGAAAAUGCAUGAUUUCCUUGGUAUAAAAUUUCACGAGUUAAGAAUUAUCUGUGACUUCAUGGGAAGAACACAUGCGUUUUAUUGACAUAAACGCAAGACUUUCUAUCCGUACAGUAACUUCGAACGCUUUUUGAAAGGUCAAUACAAUUAGCUCCCGGUAACUCAAACACCGGAUAGCUCGAACUUUCAUUAUCUACACUAAUAUUUUCUUAUAAAAAAACUCCAACCUGUGGAUAACAUGAAUAUUCAUUAACUCGAUCCAUUUUUCGUUCCCCUUUUGAGGCUAACUUCUUUGAAUAACUCGAACUUUAUUAAUUUCUGAUGUAAUAUAGAUUAGAUAGUUGAUGUUGUCUGUGAAGAAAAAAUUAAUUUAAAA